AGUUUGUUUGCAUUUCAAAUCCCAGAACAAAAAUGUCGUCGUCACGUCCACUCCUUACCUUACACACUUCUUUAACCUAGAGGCACACAGCACACAGAGAGCUAACACAUCAAUGGCUGUCACGAACUAAAGUAAGUGGGUGGUCGCUUGAGUGUCGAAAAUGAGUCGAAUUUCGAUUUCGAGCAUCGACUGCCGCGUGCCCCCCGCAGUCUGAGCCGCCAGGGUCGCUGCCAUUGCUGCUAUUUAGGUCUCGCACUUGCUCAAUCGGCGAGAUGAACGUGUCGCAGUGCUCGACGAUUUCGUCCAGCAGCGCCGAGAUGUGCCGCAUCUGCCACUGCGAGGGCGAGCCGGACGCGCCGCUGAUCGCACCCUGCUACUGCGCGGGCUCGCUGCGUUACGUGCACCAGGCGUGUCUGCAGCAGUGGAUCAAGUCUUCGGACAUCCGCAGCUGCGAGCUGUGCAAGUUCCAGUUCGUGAUGCAGAGCAAGGUGAAGCCGUUCUCCAAGUGGGAGUCGCUGGACAUGUCGCCGGUGGAGCGGCGUCGAUUGCUCUGCAGCGUCGCCUUCCACUCGGUCACCCUGGCCUGCGUCGUGUGGUCGCUCUACGUGCUGGUCGACCGCACCGCCGACGAGGUACGCAAGGGCACGCUCGACUGGCCCUUCUGGACCAAACUGGUGGUGGUGGCCAUCGGCUUCAUGGGUGGCAUUGUUUUCAUGUACAUUCAGUGCAAAUCGUACCUGCGCCUGUGCCAGCGCUGGCGGGCCUUCAACAGGGUCAUCCACAUCCAGGACGCGCCCGAGAAGCCGCCGGGCGCCAUCAGCCUCUCCUCGGUGAUGGUGGAGCCACUGCCGCCGUGCGAGGCCAGCAGCCUCCUCGAACAGGGCGACCUCGGCACCCCCCUCCACCCCAUCAACAUCGUCCAGCACGUGCCGGUCGGCCCUCCGGACGUCGCCAGCAGAGCGUGAGCGGCCUCUCCACCACCUUCGACGGCCCCUUCGAUUUUUUCGAGCAUUUCGAUCUCGGUGCGAGUGUAAUUUCGGUGCUCUAUACUUCGUUUUUUUGUUCUGGUUCUUCUAAGGUUGUGACCAAUGUGAAAAAGGGCGAAGGAAGCACCUGGCAUAAUGUUGUCUAUGUACUUGAUGAGUGUUGAUGUAGCGAUGGACGUGUGUAUCUAAUCAAUGCGUAAUAAUUGCGGUAACCACAGUUGUACUUAAGGGAUUUUGAAUGUUGAAAUUUUUUAAUUUCAUUUGUGAAACUGGAAAUACUGUUGGAACCUUUCGAAUUGGCGAGCGCUGGACAGAUAGUGACGUCAUCAGUGUCAAGGCCGCUGAUGUUUGGUCGAAUUUCACUUGUGGCAGUGCAAAUCGAUUCCUGAGGGUCAGGAAGACACUAGAAACGCAAAAAACCGUCACUUUUGCGGUUUUUGGAUUAAGAACGCCAGCAACCAAUCAAAGAAGAAGAAGGGAAAGAUUAUCUCUGAUUGGCCUGACUGAGACAGCAGCGCCACUGCGACAAGGCUGGUUAGCCUUGAAUCGCUUCCGCUGACUGUCGCUGUCGUGGCGCUGCUGUCUCGAUCUGGACAACUCUGAAUGGUCCCGGCGUUCUCAUAGGUUCACGCCAAAAACCGUCUCAGUAAAAGAUUUUUAAAACUAUAACUAUAACCUAUUUCGACCCUCAGGAAUCGAUACAAUGAUACUUUAAACCAAACAUAAGCGGCCAUGAAACUGACGACAUCAUACAAUGGCCGCUCUCUUUGUCCAGUGCUUGUACAGAGGCUGAUUCCAAAAGUACCAAUGGCAUUCAGAUUUUCUUACAUUGAAAAUUAAUUUUUUUGACAUUCAAAUGUCCUUUAACCGAUUAGCUACGGAAAUAAUUAUUCAUUGUUCUGGUCCAAGCCUUCCUGUUAUUUAUUUACUUAAAUUUCUCUUUUGCAGAAUAACAAACUGUCUGUAAUAAUUCUUGACUGUACUUUUUUCUUUUGCCGACCGAAUGAACUUAAGAAAAAAAAAGAAUUAGUUGUUCGUGCCAUUUGUACAUCUGAGGUAAGCUGACUGACAUUUUAGAAUUUUUCUAUAUUAUAUCAAAAUGGAAAUUGUCGUCUAAUGCUCAAGUAAACUGAGGCCAUGCCAGUCAGUUUCCUUUUUGAAAUCGUAGAAUGGAAGUGAUAUGUUGGAGACUAAUGUAAUUGUAAAACUCGUAUUUAAUGGAUAAAAAGAGAGGCUUGAAAACUAUAUUUUCCUCUGCGGAUUAAUUGUACGUUGAACAUUGUUGUAGAAUUUAGUCAAAAAUGUGAUAAAAUUACCAACUUUUUCCUUGAUGAACAAAACAAUCCACAUUUAUCUUCUUGGUGCUUCUUCGUGAAAAAGUCGACCAAAGAACAAAUUAUUUAAUUAUGAAUUAUACAUAUUUUAUUUCUUGAGUUCCUCUUCUCGACGAAAAUCUUCUUAGACAGCGUAAAUAAAAAAAAUGAAGAAAAUGACAAGCACAGUUCCUCGAGAAAUCUGAUAGUGAAUUUUUCAGUGAGUGACUUGUUACAACACUUUUCCUCGAUUGUUAAGAAUUCGUGCUUGUUCGGUGAGCAACUUAAUUUUAUACCUGUACUUUUGAGUUGCGGAAUAAAGAAACACGCUGGAUUUGA